UUCCUUUUUAUUUUUUAAGAGGAAUGAGUAAAUUUUAAUAUCUAAUUUGGAAAACACAGUAUUAAUCACUGUGUUUACCAUGGCUCUUAAGUUAUUUUCACUAAAACAUCUAAUCAAAAAGCCAGUAAACAUAUUAUUUAACCAAGGAUCGAUUUAUCAAAACAAUGUAGUUCAUAACCUAAAAAAUUUCAGUACAUCUUCGAUAGCUUGUGUAAACUUUUUUAAUAAGUUACCUGCGGAAAAGUUGUGGAAAUCCGUGACAUCUGUAAGUAAUGCUGGAGCGAAAAAAGGUCGUGGUAAAGGUGCUGGGCGUAUACGUAUUCGAGAUUUGAACCGUGGACAAGUAAUAGGGGUGGGAAAGGUUAAUAUGCUGUGGCCAGGAUUGUCUGCACCUGUAAUUAGGGGUAGAGAGCUGUUGAAACAACAGCGGCUGCCUGAUGAUCCUGAAAGAAUGGAAAAGCUUAUAAAGCUACGUGAUUCAAUGACAAAAUUCCGGAGAAUCAAACUGAGUUCUAUUGAGCGAGGUUGGUCUGGAACCCGUAUGCCAGGACGAAGCAUUGGACCUCCUGAUCCAGUGGCUGAUGAAGAGUUUACUGGAUUUGAUACGAAAGUGCUGCAAUUGAGAUCUUUGCUGAUUAUGAAAGGUACUUUAGGCAGAACUCGGAACUACCAGGCAAUGGUUGUUACUGGAAAUGGUCAAGGUCUGGCAGGUUUUGGUCUCGGUAGAGCAAAGGAAGCCCCGGCAGCAUUACGGAAAGCCAAAAACAGGGCUGGAAAGAAAUUGAUGCACUUUGAUAUUUACAAUGGCCACACAAUUUUCCAUGACUUCUUCACGGCUUUUGGAAAAACGAAAAUUUACGUUGAGAAAAAGAAUGAAGGUUUUGGCUUGAGUUGUCACCGAGCUAUCAAGGAGAUCUGUCAAGCUAUUGGCAUUAAGGAUCUGCGAGCUAAGGUGGAAGGCUCCCACAAUCUGCAGCACAUUGUCAAAGCAUUCUUCAUUGGUCUUCUGCAGCAGAGAACACAUCAAAAGCUUGCGGAAGAGAAAAAAUUACACCUUGUUGAAUAUAAAGCUGAAAACGAAUACUAUCCGACCGUAGUAGCUAGUCCCAGUGUUGUAAGAACCAAAGACGAAAUACCCAAAGAUGAAACACUGGAUUUCAUACAAUAUGUAAUGAAUGACAAAGUUGUGUUGAAAAAGAAAAAAUUCCCAAGAUUCUAUGAGACUAUGCCACACUAUGAUAUUUAUCUUAAGAAAUACGAGAGGUACAGGAACCAUGAAAAGAUUCGAUUAAAUCUUAAAAUUGAAAAUGGGGAAGUAAAGAGUUUCCUCAAUUACAAAUAUCCAGAGGAAAAUGAUGUAAAAGAAACAUAG